AUGACCUUGGACACGGACUGGCAUGCACCAGAGGUCAAUAUUGACGCCAAGAGAGAACUGCCACACGAUUUCAAACCAUCUUCCUACUCGGUCAUCUGUGGAAGGGGAAAGGAUUGCUUUGAAGCUGAAGGGAACAAACGGUUCCGGGGGAUCAUAAACAAGUUCCUAAAAGACUAUAUUGCCGCUCCUGGAAAGUCUGAAAAGUCAAGAAUUGUUACCAAGGCCAUGAACAUCAUCAGAAAGGCUAGCCCAGAGGGCGCAUUCGUCAAGUUCGAUGCAAAAACUGGAACAUGGCACGAAGUCAGCCUCAGAUAUGCCAGGGAGAAGGUCGGUGCUUGGUUCAGGGAUUGCCUUUCCCAUCGAUACAAGUCCAGUUCAAAGGCCAAGCAUGCACGCAAAAUGGCAAAACGAACAAGUGACGUUCCUAUUGAAACACUCGUUGAUCCUAACGCAGUUUUCAACUUCCCGUCCAACUUUGCUGCACACCUUCAAGCACAUGAACACCAAAGAAUGGCCAUUGCGGCUGCUUGUACACAGGCACAGGCACAGGCACAAGCUCAAGCUCAGGCACAACAAAUUCAGGCACAAGUACAAGCACAGGCGCAACAGUUGCAGCAAUCGUCGCCGGACUUGGCUGAUCCCCUUCAGCAGCAGGCUUUCUAUGACAUUGACGACCUCUGUCUCAUUCCAUUCGAUCGCCUCGAACCGUAG